UCAGCCCAGCUCCGGCAACCGCCGGAGCUGCCAGGUAUCUUUUAUUCACGACUAGGAACAGAACACUAGGUAGACUUACCGCAACCACUUUUUCGACCUCGUCAGCCUUAUUCUUCUGAUGGAUGUGUCUCUUAAGGACCCCUUUUGGGGCCCUCAAACAUCUUACUUGAACUUUUGUGAAGAGGACUAUGUCGUUACUCGCUAUGUGGCCGAGUUCAUCAAUACCUCCAGCAGCCUUAUCUACAUCCUGUACGGAAUCUACGGCCUUAACAAGCUCCGUCAGAAGCCCAUCUCAUCCCUUGCUCGUGCAAUCCCCUGGUUUGGGUUGAUGGGAGUCGGCGUCUGCUCGGCCGGGUACCAUAUGACGCUGAAAUAUCACACGCAGAUGUCGGACGAGCUCUCGAUGCAUCUAUUAACCACCCCCCUUGUGUACCGCAUUCUCACGUUCCAGGUGAGCCCGCGGUGGCGGCGCUGGAUUGGCAUCGCCCUCUGCAUCGAAUUCACCACCGUGAUGGUCGUCCACAUGGUUAUGGACGAAUUCUUGCUUCAUGCGGUGACCUUCGGGGCCGGAGCGCUACUCAUCGCGCGACGCACGAUGCAGGCCAUCUCGCAUAAGAUCCCUGAUCCGCUGAUCAAACAGAAAACUCGCAAUAUCGGGCGGUUCGGUAUCUUUUGCUUCCUCUUUGGCUACUUCGCUUGGUUGGUCGACGUCUGGGCCUGCAACUACUUGAUCAAUAUCCGGCAGUUCAUCGGUGUUCCCUUGGCCUAUCUCUUCGAGCUCCAUGGAUGGUGGCACUUCUUCACCGCGAUUGGCGGAUACAUCGCCGUCGCGGUCGUGGACAUGAUCACCUCCGGCGAGGUGCAUACCGACCCGACACCCCAGCUCGCCUGGCCGGUCUCUCUCGCAGCACGGACCAUGGGGCCCAAUCCGCCCGCGAGUAAACGAGAGUAAUUUGCUCUAUUUGCGGGGAUGGUCAUUGGUUGAUAUAAAUCCGCUUGAGACGAAGAACUUCUUGGAAGCCUCUUGCUUAUGGGAGUGUGUUGUUCAGAGGUGCUGGGAACUGUAUGGGACAAGUCCAGACUUGUCGGUCGCUUGAUGAGGGAAGCGGUAGAGGAGACCACGGUGUACUUGUAGCUCGGCUGUGCCGAGACAGAUUGACUCUCUGGCGCGUUCAAUACUGG